UUUUUUUUUUAAUGGAUUGUUAAAUUAAAAAAAAAAAAUUAAAAAAAUAAAUAAAAACCUAUCAAAUUGGAUUUAGCUUUAAUCUCAUUCUAAGAGGUGUUGUACCUCAUCCGCUCCCGCUAAUUGUUGAUUAACUACUCUCUCAUUCGCUCUGUUUUUGAAGCUAUCAUCUUCUUCAUUUUCUUCCUAAACCCUUAAACCACUAAACCCAUUUCUCUCUUUCUCUCUCCUCCAAACCCCAGAUAUGCUGACCGCCAUUUGAGCUCCUUUGGAGGUUGCUACUUCAGGCUUUGCUCUUAUGGCCUCUCUCUCUUUUACCCAAUUUCUUUCUUUGCCCAGGUGGAACUAUAAAGCACCAUUCUUAGCUACUGUAGAAUUCAUGCUAGUUACAGAACAUAGAUUACCGAAUAGAUGGGUUUUGUCAGCAACAUCUAAAAAAGCAAUUGCAGCAUCUUUAGCUCAAGACGAGGCAUCUAAGGAACCAGAGGGAACAAAAAAGACUAAGAGCACACGAGGUAGAAAAAAGAAAAAUAUUGAAUUGCAGGAUGAUGAUUCUAACCUGUCAGUCAGUGGUUCUAUUUCAGAACCUGAGGUCUCUGAUAAAGCAUCAGCUAGCAAUUCUGAGAAACCCAAGAGAAGAACUACAAAGAAAGCUGUGUCUGCAACUUCCAGUACGGAAAAAGUGAAGACAGAAAAGAAGACAAGGGGGAGGAAGAUCAAGGAAGAGAUCAGUAAGGUAGAUGACCAUGAAAGUGAGAUGGAAUUCACUGAUUCAGAGGGGGUCGUCUAUGUUGCAGAUCAAGAAAAGGAGAAUGAUGACAUAGAUUUGGAAUUCGAAAAGGGUGAUGGUGAGGAUAUAAGCUUCACUUAUGGUUGGCCCCCUCUUGUUUGUUGCUUUGGAGCAGCACAGCAUGCAUUUGUGCCAUCAGGAAGGCCUGCCAAUCGGCAUAUAGAUUAUGAAAUUCAUGAUGCACUUAAAGAUGCAUUGUGGGCGCCUGAAAAGUUUAUUAGGGCUCCUGGUAGCUCAGCAGGUGGUGUUGCAAUUGCUCUAGCAUCCUUGGGUGGUCGAGUUGCUUUCAUGGGUAAACUUGGGAAUGAUGAUUAUGGGCAGACCAUGCUGUAUUUCUUAAAUGUCAAAAAUGUUCAAACACGGUCAGUUUGUGUUGAUGAUAAAAGACCGACAGCUGUGUCACAAAUGAAGAUUGCUAAGAGGGGUGCUUUACGAACGACCACUGUCAAACCUUGUGCAGAGGAUUCUUUGGCAAUAUCAGAGAUCAAUAUUGAUGUGUUGAAGGAGGCGAAGAUGUUUUACUUCACUACAACUUCCUUGCUUGAUGCUAAUAUGAGGAAAGCGACUAUACGAGCACUUAAGCUAUCAAAGAAAUUAGGUGGUGUCAUCUUUUAUGAUCUUAACCUCCCUUUACCACUUUGGCACUCCAAUGAAGAAACCAAAUCUUUCAUUCAGCAAGUAUGGAGCCUUGCAGAUGUCAUUGAAGUCACAAAACAAGAACUUGAGUUUCUUUGUGGAAUUAAGCCUUCUGAAGAGUUUGACACCAAAAAUAAUAAGAAAUUAAAAUUUGAGCAUUAUGAACCUGAUGUUAUAGCCCCUCUAUGGCAUGAGAAUCUCAAAGUUCUGUUUGUGACUAAUGGGACUUCUAAGAUUCACUAUUACACCAAAGAACAUAAUGGUGCUGUUCUUGGAGUGGAAGAUGCUCCAAUGUCUCCUUUCACUCAGGAUAUGUCGGCAUCUGGAGAUGGCAUAGUGGCAGCUCUCUUGAGGAUAUUGACAGUGCAACCACAUCUUAUAACAGACAAAGAUUACUUGGAGCGUGCAGUCAAAUAUGCUGUUAAUUGUGGAGUAGUUGAACAGUGGAUUAUAACUCGGCAACAAGGCUUCCCUGCUAAGGAAGGCAUGGAAGAAGAUGAAGAAGAUUCCAUUCCCGACCUUAAUGGCAUUAGGUCUAUAACCGAGAGAGAAUUCCGAACAGUAAUGCCUACUCUCAGUUGAUCAAAUUCAGUCUCUACCAUAGGGAUCUAUUUUGUUAGCUUAGACAUGAUCGAAUCUACAUUCUUCACAUCCUCUUUAAGGUUUUUUUUUUUUUUUUACAGUGGUAGAACUUUUCGUCCCAAAACUCGGCCGUAACAAGGUUAAGCACCAUGCAUAGCUGGGAUGAACAGAGAUGCUUCUCAGGAAUCAUCAUGCCCUUGCAUUUCUAUACUAGGAUAGGUAGAUGGAUAAUAUAUUUGAGUCACCUUAUCUUGUAUUGGGAUUUUCUGAAUAUUAAUUUUCCCAUAAAAAAGGAGUAACAAAGCAAAGAAAUGGUCCCCCAACAAAUUGUCCAAUCAUCAUUCUUAUCCUAUGUCACCUGAAUUAUCGGAUCAUCAAAUCAUACAUAGUAUAACCCUAAAUAUUCACAGUUUUCUUGUCCUAACAACUUACUUUUGAGUCAGAUAAUUUUAAUCUUAUGUUAAAAUUUAUAAUGUCAAUU